GCCGCCGCCGCCGCCGCCGCCGCCGGCCCCGCCAGGCCCGGCCCCGCCGCAGCGCGGGCGGUCAGUGCGCAGCCCGGCGCCCGCCCGGAGCCCAGAGCCCGGAGCCCGGAGCCGGAUCACGGGCUCGGAGAGAAGCCGACCGACCGCCGCCCCCAGCCAGGCGCCAUGCUGCCGCUCCUGCUGGGCCUGCUAGGCCCGGCCGCCUGCUGGGCCCUGGGCCCGGCUCUGGGCUCGACAGAGCUGCGCUCAGCCUUCUCGGCAGCACGCAUCACCCCCCUGGAGGGCACGUCGGAGAUGGCGGUGACCUUCGACAAGGUGUACGUGAACAUCGGGGGCGACUUCGACGCGGCCACCGGUCAGUUCCGCUGCCGCGUGCCCGGUGCCUACUUCUUCUCCUUCACGGCUGGCAAGGCCCCGCACAAGAGCCUGUCGGUGAUGCUGGUGCGAAACCGCGACGAGGUGCAGGCACUGGCCUUCGACGAGCAGCGGCGGCCCGCCACGCGGCACGCCGCCAGCCAGAGCGCCAUGCUGCAGCUCGACUACGGCGACACGGUGUGGCUGCGGCUGCACGGCGCCCAGCAGUACGCGCUCGGGGCACCCGGCGCCACCUUCAGCGGCUACCUGGUGUACGCCGACGCCGACGCGCCUGCGCGCGGGCCGCCCGCGCCCCCGGAGCCGCGCUCGGCCUUCUCGGCGGCGCGCACGCGCAGCCUGGUGGGCUCGGACGCGGGCCCGGGGCCGCGGCACCGGCCCCUAGCCUUCGACACUGAGCUCGUCAACAUCGGCGGCGACUUCGACGCGGCGGCUGGCGUGUUUCGCUGCCGCCUGCCCGGCGCCUACUUCUUCUCCUUCACGCUGGGCAAGCUGCCGCGCAAGACGCUGUCGGUGAAGCUGAUGAAGAACCGCGACGAGGUGCAGGCCAUGAUUUACGACGACGGCACAUCGCGGCGUCGCGAGAUGCAGAGCCAGAGCGUGAUGCUGGCGCUACGGCGCGGCGACGCCGUCUGGCUGCUCAGCCACGACCACGACGGCUACGGCGCCUACAGCAACCAUGGCAAGUACAUCACCUUCUCUGGCUUCCUGGUGUACCCCGACCUUAUCCCCGCCGGCCUGCCCGGCCUCGGGCCUCCGGAGCUCUGAGCCACGACCCGGAGAGGAGCCCCGGGCGGCCCGGGGCGUGCAUGCCAAGACGGAACCGCGGCCCGAAAUGUCCCGCCGGCGCGAGCAUGACGGCCCGCCCAGCGUGGCUGGACUCUGCGAAUAAAGUGGGCCUGCGCCGGCGCCUGUCUGCCGGGGUCCUGCGCUUUGUCUUGA